AUGGCCAGAGACACAACGCUGGAGUGCGUCAGGACUCUCCGUAAUCUGUACGUGCAGAGGGGAGGCUCAGUAACCGUACCGUGCCAUUACGAGGAGCAGCACGCCCCUCUGCUGAAGUACUGGUGCAGGGGAUACACCUGGGACUCCUGCAGCAUCUUGAUCAACACCAAGAGCCCGUCGACUCCCAACAUGAAGCUGUCCAUUAAUGAUGAUGUCAUUCAGCAUGUCUUCACUGUGACCAUGAGGAACCUGCAGGAUGCAGACUCUGGCGUCUACUGGUGCGCUGCACACAUCCCUACUGCUCUGGACCACAAAGCACACCUGACUAUCACAGUCAUACCAGGUCCUCCGGAGCUGCAGUCGGAGGGGAGUGUGUUUUCUGGGCCUGUGGGGGGCCUGGUGCAGGUGAGGUGUGUGUUCAGCGGUCGUCUGCAGAGAGGAGAGAAGAAAUGGUGCCGCAGCGGGACGGUUGUUUGUUUGACCGCCGGCCGCACCUCCAAGCUGUCCAAAUACUCCUUAGACACAGACACGCACACUGGCGUGUUGACCGUCACCAUCAGGGACCUGCGGGCCAGUGACGCCGGGUGGUACUGGUGCGCCGGGAGGGAUACACAGCUCCCCGUCUAUGUGUCUGUGGGCCUAUCCAGGCAGGGUACAGAGAAACCUCAACCUCAACCUCAAACUUUACAAGGUCAGACAACAGACCACAGCGGCGCUUCAAAAAACAAGUCAGCCAGAAAUGAAUCAAUACACUCCUACGACAGUUUAUUCCAAUGGGUCUUUACAAGCACACGCAGAGAAUGAAGAGCACAGGUUUCUCUCAUUGCUGAUCCUGUUGAAAAUACCUGUGGCACUGAUGUACUUGAUAUGUACUGUUGUGGCAGUGAAGACGCAUUGUG